AUGUACCAAUUACGACCACGUGUCACCGCAUUAUCAUCAUUGAAGCGCUUCUCAAAACCUUUAGUUGCCUCCUCUUUAUUGCUCAACUCAAAUCUUACACCUCGCUAUCCUCACCUUGCCAACCACAACCCCAGCCUCAAUAUUCAGACUCAUACCAAAUUCAAUAUGGGCAGUACUCAGGACAUGAACCCGGGAAAGCCGGUCCUAUUCUUCGAUAUUGACAACUGCCUCUAUCCGCGGAUAAAUGAAGGCGCAAAAGUCCAUGACAUAAUGGCCAAACUCAUCGAUGAGUACUUCUCUAAACACCUGGAGAUUCCUUGGGAUGAGGCAGUGAAACUGCACAAAGAGUAUUACACCAACUACGGCCUCGCCAUUGAGGGGUUGGUGCGCCAUCACCAAAUCGAUCCUCUGGAUUACAACGCCAAAGUGGACGAUGCUUUACCCCUCGAAGGAAUCAUCAAGCCCAACCCUGAGCUACGCGAACUCCUAGAGGAUAUCGACAAGUCCAAGGUUACUGUGUGGCUUUUCACCAACGCCUAUGUGAACCACGGGAAGAGAGUUGUUCGCCUCUUGGGCAUCGAGGACAUCUUCGAUGGUCUCACAUACUGCAACUAUGCGGAACAACCAUUACUCUGCAAGCCAGAUCCCCGCAUGUACGAGAAGGCCAUGCGCGAGGCAGGCGUCGAGCGUGUGGAGGACUGUUACUUUGUUGAUGAUUCUGCCUUGAACUGCACAGAAGCCAAGAAAUUUGGUUGGACAGCAGCUCAUCUCGUUGAGGAGGGAGUACCAGCUCCCAAAACCCCUGCUUCGCAAUACCAAAUCCAGCAUCUGCGAGAGCUACGGAAUGUCUACCCGCAGUUCUUCAAAUCUACUUCAAACAAGGCAUAG